AUGGCUUCAUUGAUUAGCAAAAAAAGCCACAUAUCUGAUGCGGUUAAUAACGCGUACGAUCCAAGACACAUCGUAUUGCGCUUUCAUUUAAUAUCUGCGCUAGUGGAGCGGUGGCGCCCGGAGACCUACACUUUUCAUUUUCCGUGCGGGGAGUGCACGGUGACCUUGGAGGAUGUAGCGUUGCAGCUUGGGCUCCCAAUUGACGGGAGUCCCGUAACGGGAAUAUCUACAUUUACCGAUCCGGAUGCACUUUGCUAUCAGCUUUUAGGAGACUCACCAGGGAACGGUGAGUCAUAUUUUUCGGGCGUAUCAUUUACAUGGCUGAAAGCCAAGUAUGGACAAUUAUCAGCGACAGCCACUGAAGGCGAGUUGAUGUGCGCUGCUCGAGCGUACAUCAUGCAUAUCAUAAGGGGAGAACUGAUGCCUGAUGUAAGCAACGACAAGGUGCAUUUGAUGUACUUGCCCCUAUUAGCUGACUUGUCCAGUGUUAGCUCCUAUAGCUGGGGCUCAGCUGUGCUAGCAGUCUUGUAUCGAGAGCUUUGUCAGGCGAUAGAUCCGAAAGUUCGCGACAUUGGCGGAUGCCUCUCACUGCUGCAGUCCUGGGCGCUGUAUCGGAUGCCAUUUUUGGCAUUGGUUAGACACCAAUCGUGGAGUGGUCGUCCGCAUCGGCAAUCGUACAAUGUCCCGCUAUAUCGCCUCAUGAUUGAACAAGAUGCCCGGAUGGGGUAA